CUGUCCUCCAAGCCAAACAAGCCAAACAAGCCAAACAAGCGAAGGAUGCAUCGUGGCUUGGCUCCUCCUGGUGUGCUGACACCCACCUUCGCAGUGCGUGUGCUGCUGGUGCUGGUGCUGUGCUCCUGCUGCUGUUCUCCUGCCAGUGCACAGCAAGAGUUGAGUGUGGGCAACAUCAACAAUGUGUUUCGCGCCGUUCCAGCCUCGGGCAUUGUUCCGCCCGCAUCCACGUUCCACGCGACGGCUGUGCUGAAAUUGGACACCACAAGCGCAUUCAACAGGCAGGCCUCCGGGGAUGAGGAAGUCAUGGUGCUGUUUGGUGGUUAUGAGCUCAACGAUAUCCGCUACUCCACGCGAAACGCACUCAACACAACUUACCUCUUCAGCGCCCGUACACCUCCGGUUUGGAUCGACUGUCAGGCGCCUGUUGCUCCACAAGGAAGGGCGUUCCAUGUCAUGGAAACACUUACAGCGGCGGAUGGAAACGAGCGCGUUGUCUUGCACGGCGGCCUUGCCGGUGAUCUUCAAACGCAUUUCGCCAGCACGUGGGUGCUUGACAUUGCUGGCAACCAGUGCGAAUGGCAAGAAAUCGAAACUUCAGGGUCCCCUGGCCAACGCGCUGCGCAUGGGUCUGCAGAAGUGAACGAUCGCAUGUAUGUGUUUGGCGGCUGCCGUCAGUUUGUCGCACAGCGCCGUGCCCUGCUCGUCCUGUGUGAGGUGGAGAGUCUUCUCAACGAUCUCUGGCAGUUUGAUCUCCUCACGCGCACGUGGACGGAAAUUCCACUGAUGGGCGAUGCGUUCCCUCCCCCUCGCUCCUCCCCGAUGCUCGCCGUCGUCAACGCCACCGUGUCGCCGGCACCUCGUCCGCGCGCUCGCCAUCUCGCGCAUCUCGUCGACGUGGACGGCCAGGCUGCCAUGGUCGUAUAUGGCGGAUUCGUGCAUGGCCAAAUCAGGGGGCUGCGGUCGCUUGGAGACAUGUGGGCGUUUUAUCCGGACAACAGCACGUGGGAGGACUGGACCCCACGUCCCAUCAACGCCUCCCUCUCGCAAGGCCUCUUCUCCCUCGAUUCCAUCGGGGAGGCAGGAGGUGUGCUCGAAUACAACGUGACGACGGUUGGCGGUGGUGUUGCGACGCUCAUGUGGCCGCAGAGGCGAUCCAGCGUUUGUCUCUUCGGCUCGCGCCAGAAAUUUGUGUUCUUUGGCGGCAACACGGAAGGCUUUGAUCUGGCAGAGGCGUGGGAGUACGACGUGGCUGUGAGGCGGUGGAUGCUGCUUGACACGGAACCUGGUUCCGGUCUCCUGCAGCGCCAACUUGCCCGAUCAGGCCACUCCUGUCUUCUCAUUGACGAUCCAAACGAAGGCAGCCGAGCGCUCGUGUUUGGAGGCGAGGGUGCGAGCCGCUUGAACAACGAUGUUGUCGUGUUUCGCCCGACGUGCAAUUACGGCACAGGGGCCUCUGGGGCAUUUUUCAUCAACUCGUGUCGGCAGUGUGCACAGGGCACGUUCUCUACCGCCAUCACAUCAGACAACCCAGAUGACGACUCACAGGCGUGCGAAUCGUGCCCCUUCCUCACAACAACACCCGGCGAUGGCGCCAAAACGGUGGAAGAAUGUUCCAUUUGCGCCCCAAACGCAUGCGAAGGAAAACGAUCAACCUGCGUUGUUCAAGCAGCAAAUGGUCGUCCCACGUACACGUGUCAAUGUGCAUUUGGGCGGAGCGGCACACGAUGCGAAGUGCAAUGGGGUCUCGGCGUGCUGCUCGGUGUUCUUCUGGCGCUCUUGCUUGCCGUUGUCAUCUUCUUUGUCGUCCGCUGGUACCGCUCUGAGGUGAACGAGAUCAAGCACAUCUCGGAGCACCAGGCGAAGGAGUUGGAGUUGACGGGGCACGAACUGCAUGAGCUUCGACGUGUGUUUGAGAUCCCAUACACGCAGGUCGACAAGCGCAAUCGAAUCGACAAGGAGUGCGAGGGCAAUUUUGGUGCGGUGUACUUUGGUUACUACUCUGGCCGUCCUGUCGCCAUCAAGAUGCUUAAGGAAACCCUCACGUCGUGCCGUGAUCCACUGGCACGUGAGGACUUCCAGCGGGAGGUGAAGGUGAUGCGAGAGCUGCGUGACGCGAACAUCGUCUUCUUUUACGGCGCCGGGUAUGAGCCAGACGGAACGCCGUUCCUGGUCACAGAAUACAUGGCACGCGGCUCUCUCCAGCAAAUCAUUCUGAACCCCACUGAGCGGCUUGAUUGGCGUUUGCGCUAUCGGUUUGCCCUUGACGCGGCACAAGGCAUGCUCUUCCUCCACUCCAAGACACCCCCACUGCUUCACAGAGACUUGAAAUCCGCCAACUUGCUCGUGGCAGAAGACUGGACAGUGAAGGUUGCUGACUUCGGUACCGCGCGUCUCUCCGAGCACUUGACGGGUGUUUCAGCAGAGGAGCAGGACUACCAGCAGUCGCUGCUGCAUUCGCAGAGCGAAGGGGCGGUGGGCACCAUCUGCUGGUGUGCGCCAGAGGUGUUGAGUGACGAGCACUACAGCUUGCCGAGCGACGUGUACUCCUUUGGCAUCGUCAUGUUCGAGAUUGCAUCACGAGAAGAGCCCUUCAAGGAGCUGAAGAGUUACGCGCAGGUGAAGGGUGCUGUGCUGCGCGGACAGCGCCCCGCCCUCCCCUCAAACUGCCCAGUCAAGUUUGGCCUGCUGAUGCAACAGUGUUGGAAUCAAGAUCCAUAUGCACGGCCACAGUUCUAUCAAGUCAGGAAACGUCUGUUGGAGAUGCUGGAAGGGGAACCGUGA